AUGGCAUCGCCAUUCCAGAUAAACAGUUACAACAUCACGGUGCACGGUCCCGGCGUCAUUCCUGUUCAGUUCAUGGAGGCACAGAUAAACAAUAUCUACGUUGAGUUUUUGAGGGUCUCCACCGAGGGUAUGACUAUACUUGAGAAGAACUUAGCAAAGAACCAUGUGAUCAUCAAAAUGGAUUUUGUCAGAUCGGUUGCUGGUUACGACGGUGCCCGACUUGCCAUGGACGUUGAUUAUGAUGCGGUGCAUGAUCCCCAAGGUAGCUAUGUACCUGGAAAGAUGGUAUUCAAGCCCGUCAAAUACAGAUACUCCUCAAAUAGCUCGCUCUGCACCUUCGAAAUCCGCCUCAACAGUACAAUUACUGUUUCCCAUUUGAUCGAAAUUCUACUCCGCCAUAAUCUACAAUUUUUUCAUUUUGUCAUUAUUAAUGACAAGUAUUACGGGUGUCGGGAUUUCAUUACCCAGGCAUUGGCCCUUCUGGGUUACUACAGAUAUGUGCAACCUGUGGUUAUCGGCACUCUGCCAUCGAUGUCAGGAUUACCUUCAAACAUCUACAAGGUUUUAGGAAUGCGCUUUCCAUCCGGGGGAGAGGACCCUCUUGAAUGUUUAAUCUCUAAAGGAUGGUUCAGUGCGUAUGGGCGGAUCGAAUCAAGCGACAUGGGCUAUGGCAACUAG